AUCAUUUGAAUACUGAAGGAUGUGGCGUUAGCGGCCAGGACCUCCAUAGGUAGGCGCAUAGUAUUUGAAUGAACACGUAAACUUUAACACAAUCAGUGUUUUAACUGGCAGGGUCGUGGACGCCUUGAUACUUUCUGAUCGGCGAGGAUUUGUUGGUUAUCCUUUUCCGCUGUCUUUCUCUCUCUCCCAAUCUCUGGCUCGCUCCCAGUGUCUCCUGCCUUCAAGAGCAUAGUGGUGAGAUCCACACAUUGCAGAAUUCCAUUGAUUAGUGAGAGAGUCAAAGGGAAAAACAGGAUUAAAGUUUCCUGACAUGCUGUGGCAAUCAGGUGCGCUGUGAAAAGUCGGGGGGAAAAUGUCUUGCUAUGUUCAGUGGAAGGAAGGACGAAGCGCCCGGGAACUUUCUUUAGGUACGGAAGAGUCGUACCUCUGUGAUUGUGUGCCUUCGUGUUGGGUUCACUGAGGCUUGGUUGCGAGGCAAGACCAAUCAUUUGUCUUUAUUCUCUGGGCUGAGAGCAGGCAAACUGUAGGGGGACGGGACAAGCAAACUCCUCUAUCAAGACCUGAUCUAUUUCCACAAAUAAUUCCGUGUAUUCAUGAGGUUAUGCAAAUUUUGAUCCAGCAAAAUUACCGUAAUCAAUUGAAACAGCGAGUGCGCAUCCAUGGCUCUGAUUAUUUGGCGAUCAUCUAUCAGCCUGAUGUCUAUGUAACGAGGAAAGGGGCUCAUUGAAUAACUGUUGAGUUCCACUGAGAAGUCCAUGAUCAUUGGGCAAGGGACUUUGCUCAGUGAUAAUAGGGCUCCUUGGUCGACAGACGGAAGUAUUUCACCAGACAUUAGAUAGCUGUCUCUGCCCUGCUGAAAGGUGCUGUUUUGAAACUAAACCCCACACUGUCCAGACAAUCUGGUGCACCGUGUUCUCCGUAAUCUCCUAUUUUUCACCUGACAAAAGGGAAAAAAGAGCCACAGGUCCAAGAGGAUAAACUGAGCAUGGAGGUCAGGUACAACCAAGAGACAGAAGGGAAGGGGCUGAAGAAUGGACUACAGAAGGGGAAAGACGACAAGGACUCCCAAGGAAGCCUGUCCAAAAGCUUCCUGAAGGAGCAGCAGGACUCCUUUUCUCCCUCUGGGACUGUGGACAACUGCGAGAAGAGCAGGGGGAGCACGGGGGACCCGGACUACUGCCGGAGGAUACUGGUCCGAGAUGCUAAAGGCUCUAUCCGAGAGAUCAUCCUUCCGAAGGGUCUGGAUCUGGACCGGCCCAAGCGGACCCGCACCUCCUUCACAGCGGAGCAGCUGUACCGGCUGGAGAUGGAGUUCCAGAGGUGUCAGUACGUGGUCGGGAGGGAGCGCACAGAGCUGGCCCGGCAGCUCAACCUGUCUGAAACUCAGGUGAAGGUCUGGUUCCAGAACCGGCGCACUAAGCAGAAGAAGGACCAGGGGAAGGACUUGGAGCUGCGCUCGGUGGUCUCAGAGACCGCGGCCACCUGCAGUGUGCUCAGACUGCUGGAGCAGGGCACGCUGACCCCCCCGGGCCUGACGGCAUCCUGCCCCACUGCGGGCUCCGCCCUGCGUCCCCCCUCCAUGGCCCUGGCCAGCAACAGCAGCAGCAGUGGGGGCAGCACGGGCACGGCGGGGGGCAGCCCCCCUCUGCCCGCCAUCAGCAGCUCAGGGACAGUGGCCGGCCUCUUCUCCUUCCCCAUGCCGUCCUUACUCAGCGGCGUGGCCAACCGCAUGUCCUCUACCCCCCUGUCCAUGGCCGGCUCGCUGGCGGGUAACCUGCAGGAACUUUCCGCCCGCUACCUGAGCUCCUCUGCUUUUGAGCCUAACUCGCGGACCAAUGGCAAAGAAUCCAUGGACAAGAAGAUUCUGGAAUGAUGCUUUGUUUUCACACAGACAGAUUCCUGUUUCCUCUGGACACAUUUUGGGUUUUUUCUAGCUUUCACUGUCUUUGUUUGGUUUUGCUCAUUCUCUUCCAUCUGUGUCUGUUAUGUUCUGUAGCAGUUCAUGUAUUCCAGUUGCACAUCUGGCAUCUUACAAGCACAAGCUCAUCUAACAAAGACAGGGGGGCGAUGGAAAGAUUUUGCACAAAAUGUUAGGUCUGUGUUACAGAGGUUUAGAAUGACUCUGAUACUCUGGGGGAUCUUUCAGGUAGUUGGCAAACAUGUUUAGUCCUAUCUAUGAAUCCCAAAAUAAGAAUACACACAGGCAGAGAAUAUGGCUGCUUCCUAUACCACAAAAGCUCUAUCGUUGAAAAAGAAGUGGUAAAUACUGUAGAGCAGGAAGUAUAGGAUUGGUGACAGAAAGUGUAAAGCAACGAUACCUUUCUGAUCGUGUUUCAAUCAUUGAAUUUGUUGGGUAGAUAUGUCACUAAAGUGAGUAGAAAGCGAGUUGUCAAACACAAGCAGCGGUUUGUUGGAUCUAAUCAGCAAAUUAAAAGAAAGUUAAUUUAAACUGCAGCAUUAUGAAUAAACUAGCAAGGCCAAUUUUUCAUCACAGAAUUGUGGGAUAAAAAAAGACCCUCUUAAUAAGGUCACUGCAAGGCCAGCGUAAGCACAGACCCAAUGCAUCUGACCUGUCAAUGUAAAAUGCUUACGAAGAUACCUCGCAAAAAUGAAUCUUACAAAAAUAUCUUUUAUAUAUCCAUCUGUAUUUGGACCAAACUAAAACGUAAUCUAUAGAAGGUGUUGUCAUGCAGUUAAUUGUCAUGCAGUUAAUUGUCCAGUGUUGUUUUCUCUAUGGUUUGGUAAGGAUUUUAACAUUUUCCAACUAAAUUCUUCACUUUGUGGCAUUUUCGUCUUCAAGAUGCAGUACCUGACUAUUUUUGUGUGUGAUUUUAAUACCAAUGUGAGUUUCAGAGUAUUGGUGUACAGUUUCAAUUCCAUGCAGAAGCUCGGCAAGGGAAUGAGUGUCUGAAAGGGAGCAGCUUUUCAGCAUUAGUAAGCUGCUUGCUUUGUUCAACACUACAAGGUAACAGGAUAUUCAAACAUUAGGACAAUUCAAUAACCGUUCCUUCCUGUGUGAACAUUUCAAAAUCCACAGCCUUCAACACUUUGGGCAGGCUGAUGCAUGUGGAGACGGAAUGGAAUUAUUGUAGUAUAAAAGUACUGGAAAUGAGAAAUGUACCUUCAAAUUGUUAUUUUAUUGUAAAUUAUUAACUUCUGUAUCUAAUAGAUUAUUAGUAUAUCUGGAAAAUAAUGGAUGAAUGAAUGUAUUAGCGGGGUUGAGGAAUCAAUCAAAAGCUCUUUGGUGCUGUUGUUGUGAAAUAUCUUGAAAUGUGUGAACCGUGUGGUACAAUGUGCAUAUAUAUUAUGUAUGGCUACAGACAAAGACAAGUGUUUUUAAUUUUCUUUCAUACAUGUUGCUGUGAA